CGGACGGACGGACGGACUGACGGAUUAUCGAGCAGUACAGAUGAUGUCUUCGCACAGCGCUACUAUGCAACCCAAAUUCUUCCGUCUGGCUUUGGUCUUGUACUGGGCAAACCUUACAACCCAAGCCACCACAUCACACGGGUCUAACCUAACAACCACAUCACACGGGUCCAACCUAACAACCACACCACACGGGUCCAACCUAACAACCACAUCACACGGGUCCAACCUAACAACCACAUCACACGGGUCCAACAUAACCACAUCACACGGGUCCAACAUAAUAACCCAACUUACUACAUCUCACAAUAAUCCACCAUCCGUUACCACAACAAACCACACCAUUCCUCCAGCCCCACCUACUGCCCCACCCCCUUUCCCGAUGACACGUGACUCUGGCUUGUGCCAAGAGGUGCCUGACACCACCUACAAUGGCCGCCUGAUCAACUGCACGGGCCGGGGACUAACCAGGGUUGACCAGUCGAUGUUUGCCCCGGACACAACCAGUCUGAUCCUAGACGGCAACAACCUCACAGCCCUCCACAACAGCAGCUUGUCCAGGCUGACCAGGCUACGCUUUCUGAGCAUCAGGUACAGCAACGUCCAGGGUAUACAGGUAGAUUUCCUCUUUGGACUCAGCCAGCUUGAGCACCUGGACUUGGAGGGGAACUCUCUUCCCUUGCACCAGUGCGCAUUCCCUCGCGACCUGUUCCGCAACACCCCUAGUCUCAGACGACUGUACAUUGCCUUCAACACGAGAAACAAAUAUGGCGACUGGGAGAAAACUUGCACUGACGUCAAGACGAUGGAGUACUGCAACGAGACGUCAUCACAGUACCCUGAGUAUCUGGACAUCUUCGAGGCGACCCCUAGACUGGAGGCCCUCUCGCUGGACUCCCUCCCACAGCUGUGUCUGGGCGCGGAGUUCGCCAAGCUUCCCGCCCUGACGAAUCUCACGCUUUACUGCGCCUCAGUGGAGCAGGCUUUCAACUCCAGCCUCGUCGGUCUGCAGAAAGUUAGCCUCAGGCGCCUAGAGCUGGUCCAGUUCUCCAACAUCAUCUUCUCCUUCCUGCCAGAAAACAUCUUCCAGCCCGUCCAGUCACUAGAGGAGCUGGUCAUCAACAAGUGUCAGGUGGGUAACCACAACACACUGAAAACUCUCUGGCCAUUUGUUAACGGUACGCUUCGAGUCCUCAAACUGAACGAUACGAAAUAUUCGCGCUACAGUGAGUCCCCCGCCGUCACGCUAAAGGACGGCAUCCUGACCAGGCGGGCCACGGAGGCGCUGGUUAACAUCUGCCUGCACACAGUUGCGCUGUCCAACAACAAGAUCUUCGCCAUCGAGCCCGAGGCUUUCAUCAGCGAGACGUGGGAGCGCUGCCUACAGACUCUUGACCUGUCGGGCAACCAGCUGGGCCUGUCCUCCUGGCGCGCCAUCCUCUUUCAGCUGCAUCUCUUGAGCUCCAUGGAAGACAUAACCUUGACCUCCCCACCAUCGACCUACGACAUGGUGCAUCACGAUUUUUCUUCUAUAACCAAUGAAACAAGCGAGCAGAUCAACUCGAUUGCUAACGGUGUCAUAUCACCCGAGACAGCCACUCCAUCACCUCGCCCCAUCGCUUGGAUCCGCUUCCCACCAAAGGUGCGCUACGUCCGCAUCUCUUACCUGACGGUGCAGUCCUUCAUCCAGUUCCGGUGCACAUGGCGUCUGGUGGACGCUGGCCACGUGCGAGCCAUUUACGCCGUCAACAUCCCCUUCUUCCUCUACAGCCGGGGCCGUCUGCUGGGCCUGGAGAACCUGCAGAUCUUUGACGUCACAGGCUCGAUGAUGGACGUCGAGGAAUAUUUUUACGACGAUUUUCCAGGCAUUGAAGUUUUGGUGAUGAGCGCUAUCCUGCCAGUUGACUACUUCAACACCGUGGUUCCGCUUGAGCGACUGCUACGGAACAUGAGCAAGCUGCGUUACCUUGACCUCUCGAACAACCAGCUCAACUCCAUACCCAGACACGCCUUCCGAGCUAACGCGGAGCUCAGGUACCUGAUCCUGAGCAAAAAUCGCUUCUCGUCCAUUCCAUUUGAUGUCCAGGACUCACCUCACCUCACCCUGCUGGACCUGUCCGACAACGCCAUCUUGCAUCUGACGGAGCGGGAGAUGUGGGUCCUGGAGCGGCAGUUGGACCGUGUCGGGCAGUUUACACUCAGGCUGUCGGGCAACGGCAUCGUCUGCUUGUGUUCAACCAUCAAAUUUGUCGCCUGGUUGCAGCUGACCAAUGUCCGGCUGGACAGGGGUGGGAACUACACCUGCACAUCACAGAGCGGGAAGAUCAAGGCGGUGGCCGAGAUGCAUGACGUCAUGGCCCUAUGGAGGCCGUGUGUGGGCAGCUUAUCACUAACAACAGCCAUAGGCCUCGCAUCCACCGUGGCUUUGACCUUCUUAUCGAUGUACCUGGGCUGGAGGUUUAAAACCUCUUUGAUGGCCUACUUUCUGCAACUGGUGGCGCCUCAGUUUAGACAGAUGAGGCCUGGAGACUACGAGUACCAGGUCUUUGUAGGCUACGCUGACGAUGACUUUAACUUUGUCAAGGACACACUAGCCAGGUUUCUGGAGGAUGAUAUGCAGGUGAAGACGUUCCUCCACCAACGUGACCUUGGCAUUGGCUACGCUGACCAGUUGUUCUACGACGCCAUUCAGGCGAGCUGGCGAGUUUUGCUUGUCCUGACCGAUACAUUUCUCCGGAGAUACGAUAUGGCCAAUAUCUUGAUGAAGUACGCGAGCCUCUCGGUGAGUGUUGUGAACCAGGGGCGUGUCUUUGUCCUGCUGGAACGGUCCCAGAUCCCAAAGGUCCCAAGUUUUCUGUUGGACGUGCUGGACGACACCAAGAUCGUUAUACUUGAUGACGUCAACAGACCCUUGAACUACGAGCAGAAGCAGAGCAUUCGGAGAUGUCUGGAGCCAAUCUAGGUGUCAGGGUGUGUGUCUAUGGGGGGGGGGGGUAUUGUCUAUGGGGGUCUGGGCGUAUGUCUACCUGUGUGUGAUUGUAGGGUUUAAGUGUGUGUUUGUGUUUAAGUGUGUUUAAGUGUCUGUGUGUGAUUGUGUGGUUUUAAGUGUGUGCCCGAUUGUGGGUGUUUAGUUUUAAAGUACAAGCUUUUUUAAAAACACUGACUUCGAUUUUCUAGUUUGC